GGCUCGGGCUGCAGCGUCAGCUUCGGAAGGGCCUCCUCUGCGGCGGCGGCGGCGGCUUCUCGGCCUCAGCCCCGGUGCCCGUCGGCGCGCCUCGCCCCGGGUCCGCAGCGACGCCCUCACUCGCCGCCCCGGCGCCCGCCUAGGCCGCGGCCGCAGCCCCGGGCUCGCGUCGGCGCCGCCCGCUCCCGGCCCGCCCCCUAUGGGCCCCGGUUAGAGGUGCCGCCGCCGCCGCCGGCCCGCGGAGCCCCGAUGCUGGCCCGGAGGAAGCCGGUGCUGCCGGCGCUCACUAUCAACCCCGCCAUCGCCGAGGGCCCGUCCCCCACCAGCGAGGGCGCCUCCGAAGCAAACUUGGUGGACCUCCAGAAGAAGCUGGCAGAGCUAGAACUGGAUGAGCAGCAGAAGAAGCGACUAGAAGCCUUCCUCACCCAGAAGGCCAAGGUCGGGGAGCUCAAGGAUGAUGACUUUGAACGGAUCUCGGAGCUGGGAGCUGGGAACGGCGGGGUGGUCACCAAGGUCCAGCACAGACCGUCCGGACUCAUCAUGGCGAGAAAGCUGAUCCACCUGGAGAUCAAGCCAGCCAUCCGGAACCAGAUCAUCCGCGAGCUGCAGGUGCUACACGAGUGUAACUCUCCGUACAUCGUGGGCUUCUACGGGGCCUUCUACAGCGACGGCGAGAUCAGCAUCUGCAUGGAGCACAUGGAUGGUGGCUCCCUGGACCAGGUGUUGAAAGAAGCCAAGAGAAUUCCCGAGGAGAUCCUGGGGAAGGUCAGCAUUGCGGUUCUCCGGGGUUUGGCGUAUCUCCGGGAAAAGCACCAGAUCAUGCACCGAGAUGUGAAACCUUCCAACAUCCUCGUCAACUCCCGAGGGGAGAUUAAGCUGUGCGAUUUUGGGGUGAGCGGGCAGCUCAUCGACUCCAUGGCCAACUCCUUCGUGGGAACUCGGUCCUACAUGUCUCCGGAGCGGCUGCAGGGCACGCACUACUCCGUGCAGUCAGACAUCUGGAGCAUGGGGCUGUCCCUGGUGGAGCUGUCCAUCGGAAGGUACCCCAUCCCCCCGCCAGACGCCAAGGAGCUGGAGGCCAUAUUUGGCCGGCCCGUGGUGGACGGGGUAGAAGGAGAGCCUCACAGCAUCUCGCCGCGGCCGAGACCCCCCGGACGCCCCAUCAGCGGUCACGGGACAGACAGCCGGCCUGCCAUGGCCAUCUUCGAGCUGCUGGACUAUAUUGUGAAUGAGCCGCCUCCCAAGCUCCCCAGUGGCGUCUUCACCCAGGAUUUCCAGGAGUUUGUAAAUAAAUGCCUAGUAAAGAACCCAGCAGAGCGAGCAGAUCUGAAGAUGCUCACGAGCCACACCUUCAUCAAGCGGUCCGAGGUGGAAGAAGUGGAUUUUGCCGGCUGGUUGUGUAAAACGCUGCGGCUUAAGCAGCCCAGCACACCCACGCGCACGGCCGUGUGACGGGGUCCUGCGGGUGACCUGCUCGCCGUCCCACCCGCGCCCCGCCCCGCCCCUCCCGCCCAGGCCAGGCCAGGCCAGUGCCUCCCCUCCCCGGCCCGCCUCUCCCUCCACCGUCUGCGGAGCCACCCGCACGUGCCACAGGGACACUGAGCCUUGCUCCCGCCUGUCCCAGCUGGUGUGGCCUCUGGUCCCCGGGGAAGGGUGACGGGUGACGCUGCUCGCGGGGUCUUUUCAGACCUGCUUCUUAGGGUUAAAGCAAAACAGGGAAAGAAAAUGCAAACCGUGCCCAGUGUACUCCUUGUUCAGUUUGUUGCGGGGGGACGGGGGGUGGUGAGCCUCUGGCUUAGCCCCAGGCCGAGAGAGCUCCCCAUGAGCCCCCUGCCCACCUGGGGGCAGCAUCAUGGGGUAGGGGAGGCUCCGGGAACUGGCUUCUCUCUGUUUCCAAGGGAUGCAGCGUCAGGGGGACUCUCUAGACCUUGGUGUCUUUCACCAGAGAAAGGGACGUGCCUCAGCCCUGCUCUCCUGUGUCGCCCCCCUCGCCGGCGCCCGCCCCUGGAGGUGGGCCCUAGCGCCCAUUGCUGGUCAUGGGGUCCACUCCUUGACCCCGUCUUGUCACGCCACUGACCCGCCUGUGACAUGCCCCCAGGAGGGACCUGCUCACCGCCUCCUGUGCUGCCCGGGCCACCCUCCCGGCUCUCAGUGGCGGGUGCUGAGCUGACACUUGGCAGAAAGGAAGCAGCGGGCUUCCAGGCUGUGCGCGUGGUGGAGAAGCCCCGCAGACCCGCCGGUGAGCCUGCGCCGUCCCCGCACCUGCAGGCCGUGGCUCUUCGCGUCCCCUCCGCUCGCCCAGGAUGCGUCCCUCAGGCCCUCCAGCCGUCCAGCCACAGCUGCCAGGCAGGGAAACGGUGAGGGUGAGGUGGUCCCGGUUCCUGUGUCCAUCGGGUCAUGCGCAUGGCCCAGGACCCAGGGCUGGGCCACUGCGGCUGGAAAGCAGGGCCACCUCUGGAGACGGGGGAGCCACUCCCUGGACACCGUGACAGGUCACGGGGCCCAUCUGCUCUGCGGGGCAUGGCCGGCGGCCAGCCCUGUGUUUCUGGAGGCGGCCCUUCUAGUCUCCUGCCUUGUUUUCUGUGGACGCCAAAGAAGAGACAAGUUGCUGGCUCCUUGCGCCAGCUUCCCAGGUUUCCACCACUGCUAGUCCCCAAAGUCUCACCUGGUUGAGAGGAGAAUAAAGAAGAUCCUGAAGUCUG